ACUGCGUACGACGGUGGGAUCAAACUAUCUUUCAAGAUGAUCAAAAGAGUUACCAGUUCACAACAAAAUUCAUCACAACAUCAAAGGAAAAAAGAGGCGUCAAACUCAACUCAUCUAGACACUCCUCCUCACUUGACCCCUGGAAAAAGUGCCAACGGAUCUAAAACGGACGCGCCAAAAUCAAAAGUAGACAAAUUUCCUUUUUGGUGUUCCGGUGUUAGUUCAACGCACGGGUCACUUCCGCCGGGGACCGUGGUGUCAGCCAACAAUUCGGAUGGUGUGUAUUUUCUGACAGCUGUACUUUUGGUGCGAAUUUAUGAGUAUGAUAAAGCCCAGUUAACCACCAGAGAGAUGUUGCAAUGGCUGCAGUAUCUGGCAUAUGCUGGUGUGGAACACGUGUAUGUAUACGACGCCUACCUCUACAAAAACGAAUCUCAAAAUGUGUCACUAAAUUGCUUUAUCAAAAAUGGAUUUGUGACGUACGUGGACUGGAGCCACCGAGCGAAACCAAAGUACACCAUAGGAGGGACGCAGGUUUCCGCGUACCAACAUUGUUUGGAUACGUACGGUAAACAUUCAAAAUGGCAGACUGCCAUCGACAUUGACGAAUACCCAUUCGCCCCAAAUGAUAAAUCACCAGGUUUUCUUACCCGUUACCUUAAAAUGAUAUCGUACAAAAAGGGACCUAGAACGUCUGAAAUAUCAAUGCAGAAUUAUCUAUAUCUUGGGAAACAUCUGAGUGGUGUUGAACACCCAUUAUUAAUUGACCGAUUAUGGAGACGGACAAUCAAAGUUGCGAACAAUUUGGUGAAGCCUAUUUACCAACCACUAGGGGUACAAUCAGCAAACGUACAUCAUAACACACUACGGCGUGGACAUCAUGUAUACGUCCCUGAUAGUAAGAAAUUAAGGAUGAACCAUUAUUGGGGGGCUAGGCUUCAGAACUGGGGUGAGGAUACACCGAAGAUUCUAAACCUAACUACCGAGGAUCGUGGUAUGGAGAGGGCUGUAGCGGCCAUGACGCCGUGUGUGAUCGGCUGCCCGUCAGGCUGUUGUUAGAACAAAAACUUGCUCUGGAAAUCCAUUAUAAUAAUAAUAACCGUUUUUAUCACGCGCAUUUUUCCGAAAGGAUACAAAGCGGCAAGCAUUUUUACUGCAAGGUGAGUGGAACAGAUUUUUUGAGCUGUGAGACCGUAUCCUUAUAGCACCAUGUAAUGGUUUACAGAGUGCUAUGGAGCAUUCAGCAAACACAGCCAAGAUCACCGGGUUCUGCACUGGUUUUUUUUACGUGCGUUACACAACACACGGGAACAACGGUUUUACGU